AUGGCCCGGGAUACCGUCCUCCGCCGGCGCGACCCGACGCCCGGCGCGGGGCUCCGCCUGGCACUCGCAGCGCAGACCGCGGACCCGGAGCCGAUUCCGGCGCCGCCCAGCGACCCCGAGGUGGUGCGGGCGACGUGCGACACGUUCGUGCUGGAGCGGUUCACGGCGGAGGACGCGUGGGAGCUGGGCCACCUGCUGUACGCGCGGCUGGCGCCGGUCGCGGCGCGCCGCGGGCAGCCGACGCUGGUGUCGGUGGCGCUGGCGGGCGGCGCCACGGUCGCCUUCCAGGCCGCCGUCGGCGCCGGCACCACCCCCGACAACGAGGCCUGGGCCCGGCGCAAGCGCGCCGCCGCCCUGCGCUUCGCCGCCAGCACCUGGCUGCUGCGCUGCCGCUACGGCCCCGGCGCCGCCGGCGACGACGCGUUCCGCCGCCGCGCGGGCCUCGGGCCCGAGGAGGCUGCUGCCUACGCGAUCCACGGCGGCGCUGUGCCGAUCCGCGUCCACGGCGUCGAGGGCGUCGUCGCGGUCGUCGUCGUCUCCGGCCUAAAGCCGGAGGAGGACCACGGCGUCAUCGUCGACGUGCUCAAUAAGCACUGGGAGCCGGUGACGUGA